AACGCCAUUAAUCCUGAAGCCUGGCGAUGAGCUAAAGACGGAAUGUAACUUUAACUCUAUGUCGAGAACAACAACAACAUUUUGGGGCGAUGGUACUUACGACGAAAUGUGCUACGGGUUUAUAACCUAUUACCCUAAAGAAAAUAUUCCUGAUCCAUCAUGCACGGCAUGGAAAGAUGUCACACUUUGCGCGUUCAAUAUCAGUGACGUCAUACAUGGCUGUUAUUUUAAUGACCUACACGAUUUAAGCAAGCCAAGCAUGAAAGCAACGUAUGACCUCGUGAUGGAAAAUUGUUCACCGCAUAUUGGAUGCAGGAAAGAAUGUCUGCCUGUGGCUAGAAGGCUUAAACAGUCUUCCUGCUAUAGAAAAGGCACUGUUGACGACUGGGCUAGAUUAAACAUUGAAAAGGAAUCACCAGAUGUGCUCGCUAUAAUGAAAUUUUAUGCUGCACUUGAUUCUUGUGAUAAAGAACUUAUUCUUGAAGAAAAUGCACCGGAAGAAUGUCCUACCGUGAUAAAGAUUGAAUCUGAAAAUGUCAACGGGUCAAAGCGAUUACUUUCAAACAUUGUACUAUUAAUUUUAGCUGUGUGUGUCUUACAAUGGUAUAAACGUUUAUAAAAUGUUAUUAAUAUCCACACUCUGAUUACUUAACUGAGUGUUACAUAAAUUUUGACAAAUGCAAUACAUUUUACGUACAUCUCCACCAGCUUUAUAUACAUCAGCUUUACACUUCGUCAUUCAUCAACAUAAUUUGUUUUAUUCACAUUUACAUACAUGUAUAUAUGAAUACUACACG